CGUAGGUGUGCGCAUGCGCGUUCCUGUGAGGCAACUGAGAGCCUUUUUUCGUCCGGCGCUCUUCUCCCCGCCUCCCUUCCCUCCCUCCCUCCCCGGAGUCAUGGCGGCGGAGCAGGAGGCCUUGAAGGGCGGCGGCGGCGGCGGCGGUGGUGGGGCAGCGGGCGCGGGUGCUGGGGGUGCCAACAGCGGCCGGAACCGGGGCGGCGUCCAGCGGGUGGAAGGCAAGCUCCGCGCCAGUGUGGAGAAAGGCGACUAUUAUGAGGCGCACCAGAUGUACCGGACCCUCUUCUUCAGGUACAUGUCACAAGGCAAACAUGGCGAAGCAAGAGACCUAAUGUACUCAGGGGCCCUCUUGUUCUUCAGCCACAAUCAACAAAACAGUGCUGCUGAUUUAUCCAUGCUUGUUUUAGAGUCGCUGGAGAAAUCAGAUGCGAAAGUUAUAGAUGAAUUAUUAGAGAACCUGGCAAAACUGUUCAGCCUAAUGGAUCCAAAUUCGCCGGAAAGAGUAGCCUUUGUGUCCCGAGCACUUAAGUGGUCCAGCGGUGGAUCCGGAAAACUUGGACAUCCAAAAUUGCACCAGUUGCUAGCCAUCACAUUGUGGAAAGAACAGAACUAUUGUGAAUCUCGGUACCACUUUUUGCACUCCACAGAUGGAGAAGGGUGUGCAAACAUGUUGGUGGAGUAUUCUUCCUCCCGUGGAUAUCACAGUGAGGUCGACAUGUUCGUAGCUCAGGCUGUGUUACAGUUUCUCUGUUUGAAAAACAAAACCAGCGCGCUGGUGGUUUUUACAACAUAUACCCAGAAGCACCCUUCCAUCGAGAGUGGGCCCCCCUUUGUACAGCCAUUGCUCAACUUUAUCUGGUUCCUGCUGCUGGCCGUUGACGGAGGGAAAUUAACAGUAUUUACAGUAUUGUGUGAACAAUAUCAGCCUUCUUUGAAGAGGGAUCCCAUGUAUAAUGAGUAUCUAGACAGAAUAGGACAGCUCUUUUUUGGCGUCCCACCCAAACAGACAUCAUCCUAUGGAGGACUACUAGGCAAUCUUUUAAACAGCCUGAUGGUGGCCGGCGAGGAGGACGAUGCUGAAGAUGGGCAGGAAGACAGCAGUCCCAUUGAACUGGAUUGACAUCUUCUGGAGCUGCUUGGAAUUGGACCCUGCGCUGAUUCCAGCAACAACAACAAAAAGGAGAGGAAAGAAGAAAAUAAAACAAAAAAAGAGACAGUUUGUGAAGGUGUCCUGCGAUCGUUUCGCAACAGGUCAAAGGGCUCCUCUGUUCUGUGGGGGUGGGGGGGAAGGUUGCUGAGAUGUUCAUGUUUUGGUCUAUAUUAUUUAUGUUUAAAAAUGCAGUCAAGUAGCCAGGAGGACUGAUUUGAUGUGAUGGUUGGUGAACUUCUGGUAAUGCUGGGCUGGUGACGGACUGAGGCAGCGCUUUUUUCUGUGAUUCCACAUGCAGUAUUCCCUCUUCUUGCAGUCACAUCAAAUAAAGCCCAAACACACACUGGUUGCUUUAUAUUUUAAAGUCCCCCCCUUUUUAAAAAAAAACUUCAGCAGAACUAAGGAAUUGAAGCGCUUGAUUUUCACAAAGGGGUUCUCUUGGAAGGCAAGGGCUGUAACGACUUGAGAAGAUGAUUCACAGACUCCGUGCCAAAAGUGUUUUGAGAUGAGCCAAAGAAAAUCUAAUAUGAAUUGAAAACCCAUGCGAAGUAAUACCAAAUGAAUUAUUUUCUGUUGUAGAAAAUGAUAACCCUUAGCAGAUACAGGAGAACGGGGGGCUGUGCCGUAUCCUGAUUAUAGCCUUGCUGCGCUGUAAAAUAAGUUAAUACCAGUGGAUCCCCUGAAACACUGAAAGCUUAGACCAAGUAGAAUGCCACUUAGUCCAGAAAAAAAUGCUGUAUUUUUAUGUACUGUGACUAAAAUGCCUCUCUUUAUUACCCGCGACCAUUCAGCAAUCUUGUUACUACUCAGCCCUGAACUACGAGCUUUUGGUGGACAAAACACAGCAUGCAAAAUAUUUCAACCAGGGCAAUCCUUGGAAGAUGGGAAUGCUGCAGAUCUCUUUGUUUCUUUCUCGUUUGAUAUUUAUUUUUAUGGGAUGAUUUAUUGAUUUCAUCGUAACACUUUAUGUAAAGCAUUUUUUUAAAAAAAAAGACAAGCAAACCGCAAACCCACACCGCUAGGCUUAAUCUGAUUCUACACCUUGUCUCCAUUAAUGCACAAUCCCAGAUGUGAGGCAUCUGGGUGAAAGAUGAAAUGGGGGAAACACUUUAUUUUUUCACAUUUUAAAAUAAAAGGCUUAGAUUAAUACAGUGAUGAUGCAUGAGAGGGGAUAAUACAUUUUUAUUUACUGUAAAAAAUAAUUAAAAUUUGUGUUUAAUUGUUGAGUAUGAAAUAAAUACUUUAUACUGGGA